AUGUCGUUGUAUCGGGUGAGACAACAGCGGGAGAGCGCGCAGGCAGCCGCCACUGUUUUCCCAUCCAGCAGCGCCCCUCGGUACCGCUGUGAACCGCACUGGCUUGCUCCGUCCGCCACAGCCUUCCACGAACCGGAAGCGCCCUGCCCACCGUGCCUGGGCGGACGCCUACGGGCUCUCCCCCGACUCGCUGCUUCCGCCCUCCCCCCUCUCCCUUCCGCCCUCCCUCCCCCCCGCCCCUCAUCUCGAGGACUGCGCCGCGCUCACAGCGCUGCGCCAGCAGGCGGAGCAGCGGGGGGAAAGGGGGGAGCCGCCAGCAUGGGCGGAACCCCCGCGGAGCAGCCAAAACGGGUGCUGUCACCCGCGGGACACAUGGGAUACGGAACUUUCACCUUCAGACCCCCCUUGGUCCUCCUCCUCCUGCAACUGCCCACCACAGCCACCGUGGGUGAGCAAGUGCGGGGGGCGGACAGCAACAGCCUGGCCAUGACGCGCCAAUCACAGCGCGACAUCUGGCUGCACCAGAUGCUGCCGCCCCGCGCCUGCCAGGGCCGGCGCCUGCUGCUCGUGCCAUGGAGCACGGGCAUGUACCAUGGCGUGGGGUCGCAGGUGCAUCUGAUGGGCGCGUUUCUGGGCCUGGCCAUGCUGCACAACCACACACUCAUCCCGCUCGCCAACUCCUUUGACCGCGCCAACCACCCCCACUGCCAAGCCACGGGGCAGCAGGGCGCGUGGGAGUGUUUCUUCUUCCCCAUCGUCUCGCCCGACUGCGAGGACGAGCUCAACCGCCUGAGGGCGCAGGACGCCAUUGGGGAGUGUGUCACGGGGGAGGAGCUGGGGUACGAUAGGGCCGCGCAGUCGGACCAACAAGCGGUGUGUCUGGACCCCACAACGGACGUGUUCAUGAGCUACGAGGGCCGGGCAGCAUCGCUGUGGGGCGAUGCAUACCUGGCGGACGCGGACAUGGUGGAGCAUGGCGGCCACGUGGCCUCCACCAGCGCCGACACCAAGAUGGUGCACUGGUGGGAGGCGCAGGGUGCCCCUUUGCGUUUGCCUGCUACUUAUUCUGCUCCCCUUUUCCCCCCCCGCCAGGUGCACUGGUGGCGGGCGCAGGCGGUGCGCUUCAUGCUGAGCACUGUGUGGCACCGCAUGUCACCGCCCAGCACUCCCAUAGACCUAGCCAGAGAGCCGUACAUGCAGCGACCGAUAGUGAGCAUGCACGUGAGGCAGAGCGACAAGCUGUCGGAGAUGCGGGUGCUGUCGCUGCCCGCCCACAUGUUCCUCGCCUACCGCCUUCGCCGCGCACUCGUGGACCUCCGACACGUGUGGCUCAACACUGAAGCACAGGUGGGGUGUGUGUGGCUCAACACUGAGGCUCAGGUGGGAGAUGUGUUGCUUGCCGCUGUCGCUGCCCGCCCACAUGUUCCUCGCAUACUGCCUGCGCCGUGCUCUGGUGGACCUCCGACACGUGUGGCUCAACACGGAGGCACGGGUGGGUGGGACAUACACUCUGGUACGCAUGUGCUGUGUGUUGUGGAUCUUCCUGGCAUCAGUCCCACAUAUCAGUGCAGCCCCCUCCCCUCCACCCCGGUCCCCCGCAUGGCACAGUCGGUGAUCAACGAGACAGCCCACUACCCCGACUGGCACUUCCUCUUCGCCACCAACGCCCGCCAGCCGUCCCACUCGGAGCGCAACCGCGAGUACGACGCCGCACAGUCCGUGGCUGCCAGCCUGGCGAGUGCGUUGAUCGCAGCGCAGUGCGAUGUGUUCCUCGGGUCGCUGGGGUCCAACUGGAGCCGCCUCAUCAACGAGCUCCGAGCCACUGGUGGGCGGCUGUACAGUGGAUUUGUGGUCAUGAACCUGGGCGAGUGGUGA